AAUUGUAAAUAAAUGUAAAUAAAGAUGAGAGGAUGAGAAGUAUCAUCUAUACAGAUAUCCACAAAACACCUCUGCCUCUCUCUUUCUCUCUAAUUUCCAUGGCUUCAGCUUCAACCAAUGAUCAAGAAGUAGCCUAUGAGCUUCCAGGUCUUCUCCGACUUUACAAAGACGGCCAUGUUGAGAGACUCCGCAAUACUGAUGUCGUUCCACCAUCAUCUAAUCUCUCUGCUGGUAUUUCAUCCAAAGACAUCACAAUAAAUAUUUAUGAACCCAACAUCUCUGCUCGCCUUUACCUCCCAAAACUCAACCACCCCAACCAAAAGUUCCCUCUCCUCGUCUACUUUCACGGCGGAGCUUUUUGCGUCGGUUCGCCAUUCUGUAACAAAUAUCAUAGCUACGUGACAAAGCUCGUAGCUGAAGCUAAUGUAGUUGCAGUUUCUGUCAACUACAGGAAAGCGCCGGAGCAUCCUAUUCCGGCGGCAUAUGAAGAUUCAUGGGCUGCACUCCAUUGGAUAGCUUCCCAUCGUAACAGUAACGGACCUGAGCUAUGGUUAAAUAACCAUGCAGAUUUUGGAAAAGUGUUUCUAGCAGGAGAGAGUGCUGGCGCUAACAUUGCUCAUAACUUGGCUUUAGCUGCUGGUUCUGAAGAUUUGGGAUCUGGGCUUGGUAUUGAGCUUUUAGGAAUUGCAUUGGUCCAUCCAUAUUUUUGGGGGUCGGAUCCAAUCGGUUCGGAGGCAGCCGAUCCAGAUAAGAAGGCACAUAUAGACCGGUUGUGGCCAUUUAUUUGCCCGUCAAACCCGGAUAAUGAUGACUUGCGGAUCAACCCGGUGGCAUUGGGUGGGCCUGGCUUAACUGGGCUGGGAUGUAAGAGGGUGUUGGUGAGUGUGGCUGAGAAGGAUGUGUUGAAGGAUAGAGGGUGGGUUUACUACCGGGUAUUGAGUGGAAGUGGGUGGAUGGGUGUGGUAGAGAUUGGUGAGACAGAAGGCGAGGACCAUGCUUUCCAUUUGAAUGAUUUGGAGUCUCAGAAAGCUAAGAAUUUGAUCCAACGUCUGGCUCAUUUCUUUAAUAGAGAUAUGCCUUUUCUUUGAUGUUAACUAAUUUCUACUUAAAACAAAUUUUAUUUGUAAGUCAUUUUUCCUGAAGUUUUGUUAAAAAGCUCUCAUCUUUCUAGUUGGGAUUGUCUUGAAAAUGUAAGCUAUUUUACAUUUCUAAAAUUUCCAUCCUCAAAUACAAAUAAAAAAAGCCAGCAAGAUUAACCUA